UUUUUUUUUUGUCCUGUCAGAUUGGAGGACAGUUGCAGAUCCAGAAAGAGCUGUGUGGCUUUUCACCCAAGAGCUGCUGCACAGUAAGAAAGGUUCUGAGGAGAAUCGCUUUGCAGUGGACAUGAGGAAAGACCAGGAAGAACAGGACAUGUCCUAUGUGAGCUUCUAUAAGCACAACAAUGUGGAGUGGGCUUCACCACUGAGAUGUAGACUUGAAGGUGAUGCUGCUGUAGGAGUGGGUGUUAACCGGCAUGUUAUGUCAACACUGAUGCUGAAGCUAAGAACAGGAUUUCGCCUUAAUCUUGGAAAUGGAGCUAUCACAAAGGUUUUUGAGGGUCAGCCAGACCACUUGGUGCCUGCCAACUCUGUUGUGAUGGUGGAGAGUGAGCUUUUCUUGAUGGCAGGACGAAUGAUGGGGCAUUGCUUCUUGUAUGGUGGUCCUGGUUUCCCUGGCAUCAGUCCAGCCAUCACACAUGUACUGUUUGGUGGUUCCAUUGACACUGCCACGGUCAUGAUUGAAGACUGUCCUGACUUGGAUAUUCGUGAAACAAUCCAGCUGUUAAGUGAAAAUACUAAACUUGAAGGUGAACAACGUAACCGUGUUGUCAGCCUUUGCAUGGCGUGGGACUUGCCACUUCCAACUCCAAGCAAUAUGAAGUGGCUGCAUGACAAGCUGCUCCUGCAUGCGGUUCUGGGACGAUCAGCAAAACAAGUAAAGCAGUUAAGAAAGGGACUGAAGGAGACUGGCAUUUGGCCACUUUUCUCCAAAAGAGUGGAUGUGGUGAAGCUGCUUUUCCCAUGUGAGAAAGAAGCUGAGAUUACACCUCAGAUGAUUCUUGCAAACAUUCAAUGGCCCAGGCUUAAUUCAGAUUCUCAGUCCGAUGAUGAUGAUGAUGAUGAUGAUGAUGAUGAUGAUGAUGAUGACAUCUCUGUUGAAGCAGUGACUCGAGUCACAGCUUAUUUCAGGACUUUUAUUGAACACGCCUCCUCAGAGUGCCUGAAGAAUCUGCUGCGAUUCUGGGUGGGAUGGGAGGUUCCAGCCAAGAAACUGGUCGUGAAGGUGGCAAAUGGCCACCUCCCCAGAGCCUUGACAUGCUUCGAAACUAUCAAAUUGCCUGACCAUCACACAGACUAUGCAGAUUUUGAAUCUGACUUAUUGUCCGCCAUUACUACCUGCGAGACAGGGUUUGGUCUUGUUUAAAGGCAAAAAGGAUAAUUUAGACAUUGAAUGGUGCUGAAAGUUCAGCGAUUCUAAUGCUCCAACAUAAGGGCUCUCCUGACUAGUUUACAUUAUUUUAACAGGAUUAGAGCAGUUCACAGAAAGAGAUUUCCCAUUUGCUGAGUUUACAGUUACUUCUUUCAAAAACACUUAAGUUCCUAUCAUAUUUCCAACACUGCUUGGGGCAGUGGUCUACCAUUAACAUGGUGUUUUGUUUUUGUUUUCAAUGAAACAAAGUAAGAACUAUUUGUUUUCACAAUGUUGCAUGCAUCAUUUUGGGUGCCCUGACGCUGAGGUUUUUGUAGCACUUUACCACAGUUUAUGUUGCCUUUUCUAAACUUUGGCAAUGAAGUGAAGUUUAUUGCCACCAGUUUUAUGCCUAUGAUGAUUUUAAGUUAGCAAAUUUCAGCAACUUUUGUUAUUGGCAGAGAUGUAAGUGGCACAUUAAGCAGUAUUUAGAUACUGGAUGUUUAAUACUGGUUCAGAAAAUAUAAUGUAACUAUUAAAAAAAAACUUCAUUUGUUCAUGCUAUGUACAGUUAGAAAUGAGCA